AUGCGCAUUUCUUAUAUUUUCGGUCUUCUCCCCCUCGGCAGCGGCGCCGUGACCUUCACAUCAUGCACCCCUGAGCAGGUAUCCACUCUCGAGGUGGCUAUUGACCGAGCCACUAACAAAUCAUACGCGGCUAUAGAGCACCUGGAAGCGAACCCCAGUGGCAGCGAGGUCCAAACAACUUGGUAUGGUGCUUUUAGUACGGAAAGGUAUAACCGAGUCUUGACUGCUUUCAAGAAAUUUGCGCCUGAUCUGGCGACAACAUUCAGCUAUGACUGCUCCUGCGUUAGCGAUGUGGUUAUUGCAACGAUUGGUGGCAGAUACGGAGAUGUGAGAAUCUGCAGCGUGUACUUCAACGAGGCGGUAGUCCCACCUUCUGGACAGCAUCGUAGCCAAUGGGACGCGAUCGUCCACGAGGCGACGCAUUUUAGAGAUGUACUGGGUACUUCCGAUUACGGCUACGGUGUCGAUUAUUGCAAGCAGUUUGCUCGUGAAGAUCCGGAGAAGGCUGUCAGGAAUGCUGAUAACCAUGCUCGGUUUGCCGUUGAAGUUCCUCCACGGGGGCCUUAG